GAAGGUCCUCUCAUCUCCGCCAGCAUUCGCUGUCAAUGGCUUUCAGGACUUAUUUUAUUUGAAUGUCUGGGCUUUUAACAGUUUCGUCCAAAGAAACCAAUAAUGGAUAUUCUAUGGAUUUUAUGGAUAAUACCCACCGCUAUAGCUGUAGAAGAGACACUAAUGGACUCCACCACAGCGACAGCUGAGUUGGGCUGGACAGUCUAUCCCGUGUCAGGGUCCAAUGACAACAGCGUGAGUUGGGAGGAGGUAAGUGGAUACGAUGAGAACAUGAACACCAUCCGCACCUACCAGGUGUGCAACGUGUUCGACAACAACCAGAACAACUGGGUCCGCACCAAGUACAUCCGGCGCCGGGGUGCACAGCGGAUCCACGUGGAGAUGAAGUUCUCCGUGCGAGACUGCAGCUCCAUCCCCAACGUGCCCGGCUCCUGUAAAGAGACUUUUAACCUGUACUACUAUGAGUCAGACUCGGACACGGCCAACAAGGUGUCCCCGCCAUGGAUGGAGAACCCUUGGAUCAAGGUGGACACCAUCGCGGCCGAUGAGAGCUUCUCCCAGGUCGACCUUGGCGGCCGGGUGAUGAAGAUCAACACAGAGGUGCGGAGCUUCGGCCCCGUGUCCAAACAUGGAUUCUACCUGGCCUUCCAGGACUACGGCGGCUGCAUGUCCCUCAUCGCCGUGCGUGUCUUCUACAGGAAGUGUCCCCGCGUCAUCCAGAAUGGAGCUGUGUUUCAGGAGACCCUGUCUGGGGCAGAGAGCACCUCUCUGGUGGCAGCACGGGGUGUGUGCAUCUCCAACGGGGAGGAGGUGGACGUGCCCAUCAAACUGUACUGCAACGGGGACGGGGAGUGGAUGGUGCCCAUCGGGCGCUGCAUGUGCAAGGCUGGCCACGAGGCUGUGGAGAAUGGGACUGUGUGUAGAGCUUGUCCAUCGGGCUUCUUCAAGCCUAUACAGGGUGAUGUAUCCUGCAUGCAGUGUCCAAUCAACAGCCGCACCACCAACGAAGGAGCCACUAACUGUGUGUGCCGCAACGGUUACUAUCGCACUGACUCAGAUCCCUUCCAGAUGCCCUGCACAACGGUGCCCUCGGCUCCUCAGAACGUUCUGUCUAUCGUGAAUGAGACGUCUCUGAUACUGGAGUGGCAGCCUCCUAGGGAGUCAGGUGGCCGUGAGGACGUGGUCUUCAACAUCAUCUGUAAGAGCUGUGGAGGGGGCCGGGGAGGCUGCACGCGCUGUGGGGACAAUGUCCAGUUUGUACCCCGCCAGCUGGGUCUAACAGAGCCACGUGUUUACAUCAGUGACCUGCUGGCGCACACACAGUACACCUUCGAGGUGCAGGCCGUCAAUGGGGUCUCCGAGCAGAGCCCCUACUCACCACAGUACUCCUCCGUCAACAUCACAACCAACCAGGCUGCUCCGUCGACAGUGUCCAUCAUGCACCAGAUCAGUCGUACCGUGGACAGCAUCACUCUGUCCUGGUCUCAACCAGACCAGCCCAAUGGAGUCAUUCUGGACUAUGAACUGCAGUACUAUGAGAAGGACCAGACAGAGUACAACUCAACCAUCAUAAAGAGCCAGACCAAUACAGUGGUCAUCCGCGGUCUCAAACCAGGCGCGAUCUAUGUGUUCCUGGUUCGCGCCAGGACCGUGGCCGGAUUUGGCCGCUACAGCGGCAAGCUCUACUUCCAAACCAUGACUGAGGAGGAGUACAACACCAGCAUUCAGGAGAAACUGCCUCUUAUCAUCGGCUCUGCAGCUGCAGGUCUGGUCUUCCUCAUCGCAGUGGUUGUCAUUGUCAUCGUCUGCAACCGGCGUGGCUUUGACCGAGCAGACUCAGAGUAUACAGACAAGCUGCAGCACUACACCAGUGGCCACAUGACUCCAGGAAUGAAGAUAUAUAUCGAUCCGUUUACAUAUGAGGACCCCAACGAGGCUGUGAGGGAGUUUGCUAAGGAGAUUGACAUCUCUUUUGUAAAGAUUGAGCAAGUCAUUGGCGCAGGAGAGUUCGGGGAGGUGUGCAGUGGAAACCUGAGGCUCCCAGGCAAGAGGGAGAUGUUUGUGGCCAUCAAGACGCUGAAGUCGGGCUACACAGAGAAGCAGAGGCGGGACUUCCUGUCUGAAGCGUCCAUCAUGGGUCAGUUUGACCACCCGAAUGUGAUCCACCUGGAGGGUGUGGUCACCAAGAGCGCCCCCGUCAUGAUCAUCACUGAGUUCAUGGAGAACGGAUCACUGGACUCCUUCCUCAGACAAAAUGACGGUCAGUUCACGGUGAUCCAGCUGGUGGGCAUGCUGCGUGGCAUCGCCUCUGGCAUGAAGUACCUGGCCGACAUGAACUACGUCCACCGCGACCUAGCCGCACGCAACAUCCUGGUCAACAGCAACUUGGUCUGCAAGGUGUCUGACUUCGGCCUGUCCCGUUUUCUGGAGGACGACACGUCAGACCCCACCUACACCAGCGCCCUGGGAGGGAAGAUCCCUAUCCGAUGGACAGCCCCUGAAGCCAUCCAAUACAGGAAGUUCACAUCCGCCAGUGAUGUCUGGAGCUAUGGCAUCGUCAUGUGGGAAGUCAUGUCCUAUGGAGAGAGACCUUACUGGGACAUGACCAAUCAAGACGUGAUCAAUGCCAUAGAGCAGGACUACCGGCUGCCCCCUCCCAUGGACUGCCCUAGUGCCCUGCACCAGCUCAUGCUGGACUGCUGGCAGAAGGACCGUAACAACCGGCCGAAGUUCAGCCAGAUUGUCAACAACCUGGACAAGAUGAUCCGCAACCCCAACAGUCUGAAGGCCAUGACCCCUCUGUCAUCAGGUGUCCAUCUUCCUCUCCUGGACCGCAGUGUUCCAGACUUCUCCAGCUUCAGCACAGUGGACGAGUGGCUGGAUGCCAUCAAGAUGGGCCAGUACAAAGACAACUUUGCCAACGCUGACUUCACCAGCUUUGAUGUGGUUUCCCAGAUGACUAUGGAUGACAUCCUGAGUGUGGGUGUAACGUUAGCAGGCCACCAGAAGAAGAUCCUGAACAGUGUGCAGAUGAUGCGUGCCUCCAUGAACCAGAUCCAGUCUGUGGAAGUUUGACCAUCCAGAGUGGAGCGGAGGAGAGCAGAGCAGAGGAGAGGGGAUUGGGAUGCAGGACCCUGGGUGCACGGAUGGAGUGGAUAUGUUUUUGCUUGACCGUGAACCUGGGUUUCCUACCAGACUACCGUCCAUCCCUGGUCCCCCCUUCCAAUCCCUCUCCUGUCCUCCUCUAUGCCCUCAUCCAAAGUCCCCUCAACCUUCGGGAUCAGCUUUGGAAGGUUGUGGCCAGCAUGUCUAAAUGACCAGACGUCAAUCAACGUGGCUCACAACCGUCCAUCUUGGAACCAGGAUCAUGAGAGGUUACUGACCAGAGACACAUUUCUACUAGCAUCUUCCACCCAUGUUUUUUAUUUUAUUUACGUUGAACUUUUACGUUUGUUUUAAGAAUUUUGUAAAGAAUUUUGUAAAGAAAAAAAAAGUUAAGAACUCUAGGAGUCUAUAGAUGGUAUACAAUUGUAAGCUAGGUGAAAUGACUAGAAAGGCUACCCUUUAAAAAGGGCCACAGACAAGAAGACAAUGAAAACUGGGUGAUUUAAGACCAACACUCUCAAAAUUAAUCAGAUAUAUUCUUUGUAAACUAGGUGAACUGACUUCAGAAACAGAAAUGCAACAUAAAUAUUUGCUGCCUCCCUGAAGGCAAACAGCAGAAGAGACUGAGGAACUCGAUCUAUUCCCCUGUCUUUGAUUUGGGACGUAAUAUAAGUGUGAGCACCAUGAAAUGGACCUGGCAGAAACUACUGACAUGAACAAAUAAAAGACAUUCAGUUAUCUACCAAUUCAAAAGUAAAGAAAUGUAAACAAAAAUACAUUUUCUCAUAUCAAGUAAUUUCCUUUUCUGUGUGAAAAUUGUGAUGAAGAUUCUCUCUCACCAUGCUUCCUCUCACCAUGGGAAAAUGUAUAUUUUUUCAAUAUUAACAUAACCUGCCAAAUGGAACAUCGUCCCUGUGUACCUCAGAUGAUGUCAUGAUGACGUCAAGAUCCUGUACACAUCAGAUGCACAUGACAUUGGGACUGUGAUGUGAUCACUAUGAGACGGACAUAGUUACUAAUACCUGGAAGUGAUGGAUUUACAUUUUUCUUAGGGUGACUAUAGGGAGGUUUUUAUCUGUUGUUAUUAUUAUUUGAUUUUUUGGGGGCAAAAUGUUAGUUGUGGACUUUGAAUAAUCAGUAUAAUAAGCAGCAAACAUACAGUACUUCCUCCAUGGAUGUAUAGUGUCUACGUAGAAGGAGUGCAAGGAGUGCACAUAUGUUUUGGUCCUCACAUUGUCUUGAGGUUUCCCUGUGUUUUCAGCUUCACCGUGUGUUUGUUUGUGUGUGUCUGCGUGCGUGCCUGGUGCAUGGGUGUAUAUGUGUGUUUGUGUCUGCGUGCGUGUCUGGUGCAUGGGUGUAUAUGUGUGUUUGUGUCUGCGUGCGUGCCUGGUGCAUGGGUGUAUAUGUGUAUGUGUGUCUGCGUGCGUGCCUGGUGCAUGGGUGUAUAUGUGUGUUUGUGUCUGCCUGCGUGUCUGGUGCAUGGGUGUAUAUGUGUAUGUGUGUCUGCGUGCGUGCCUGGUGCAUGGGUGUAUAUGUGUGUCUGCGUAUCUGCGUGCGUGUCUGGUGCAUGGGUGUAUAUGUGUGUCUGCGUGUCUGCGUGCGUGUCUGGUGCAUGGGUGUAUAUGUAUGUGUGUCUGCGUGCGUGUCUGGUGCAUGGCUGUAUAUGUGUGUUUGUGUCUGCGUGCGUGUCUGGUGCAUGGGUGUAUAUGUGUGUUUGUGUAUGCGUGCGUGUCUGGUGCAUGGGUGUAUAUGUGUGUUUGUGUCUGCGUGCGUGUCUGGUGCAUGGGUGUAUAUGUGUGUUUGUGUCUGUGUGCGUGUCUGGUGCAUGGGUGUAUAUGUGUGUUUGUGUCUGCGUGCGUGUCUGGUGCAUGGGUGUAUAUGUGUGUGUGUGUGUAUGCGUGCGUGUCUGGUGCAUGGGUGUAUAUGUGUGUGUGUGUGUAUGCGUGCGUGUCUAGUGCAUGGGUGUAUAUGUGUGUGUGUGUGUAUGCGUGCGUGUCUGGUGCAUGGGUGUAUAUGUGUGUGUGUGUGUAUGCGUGCGUGUCUGGUGCAUGGGUGUAUAUGUGUGUGUUUGUAUGCGUGCGUGUCUGGUGCAUGGGUAUAUAUGUGUGUGUGUGUGUGUGUAUGCGUGCGUGUCUGGUGCAUGGGUGUAUAUGUAUGUGUGUGUGUAUGCGUGCGUGUCUGGUGCAUGGGUGUAUAUGUGUGUGUAUAUGCGUGCGUGCGUGUCUGGUGCAUGGGUGUAUAUGUGUGUGUGUGUAUGCGUGCGUGCGUGCGUGUUGCUAAAUGUGCUCGGUGGUACAAAGCAACGGCUCCCAAAGCUGAGGGGGUAUUGUUUGAUAGCAUGCUGAGUUAAUGAUUGAUUUCACAGAGCUUUGAUUUGUUACACUUUACAAAAUAUAAUGCGCUUACAUUAUAUUUAGCUUUUUUCUUCCAGAUUGUUUUCCUUUUAAAAUAAUUUUACAUUGAAGUGUUCAGGUUUUAACACCCAAACAUUGGUACGGUCACGGACAAAUCUUUUCACAACAGGGCAGUAACAUUAGCAUGGGAUAGUGGAUUAUUUUACGCAUAUUUGUAUUAUUAUUAUUGUACAUCGUGGAUGAUUGACAGCUUUUCCAAGUAGUCUCUUGGCAGGGUAUGUGAACGCAGAUCAUACUGGACAAUGGAUGACUAUCUGGAUCUUCCAUGCUCUUUUGGAAUUUUAGGACAUCAUUAUUAUGUUGGUGCUCACAAAUUGUAGAUAACUGGAGUCCUUGAGACAUCUACUUUCAUUUUAUAGAUACGUAUUGCAUUUACUGUAUGGCUUCUGUGAAAAACUGCCUGGUGAAUGGAGAGCUGUCUAUCAUUGGCUUUGUUGUUGUGGCCGAUGUGUUGUUUGAGGGGUUAGGGAGCCUGAUUGGUCUGUGCUAGUUAAAAUCCAUGGAUUCCCCAGAGAUGGUAAAACACAGAGUUUACAUCACUACUGCAGAGCUCCUAAUGGGCAGAUCCACUGAGACAGGCUCAGCACUCAAUACAGACUGAGGAGCCAGACAUGGAGCUCCAGCUGGUCAGACAUGUCCAUUCCUAGUGGGAGUCCACUGCCUGAUCACAGCCCCACUGGCCAGACAGUGGUUCCCUCCAUCUCUCCUCAGAGCUAAACACAUGCCUCAGAUCUACCAUUCUUCUCCUCCCACUGUUCUCUGUGCUCUGCUUUUUCAGAUCCAUUGCUUUGUGACUCUGCAUGUUGUCAUGUUGACAGACCAGACUGAAUUUAUGUAGAUAACACACAACCUGUGGGCCCCGUACUGGUUUCACAGCAGGUGGCUAUGUGAGCAGAGGUUCUUCCACAAAAGGUCAUUCUUCCAUAAACAUCAUCAGGUGUCCGCUGUCCGUUUUAAGGCACUUUGCUGUCUGAGCAGAACAGGAGAGGUAUCCUAUGUAGGCCAUAGCAUUAGACCCCUAAACACAGAAUGCGUGAAAUCCUGCCUUUGCUCUCGUCUGUCAGUUAGUCCCCAUUUCAUUCCACCCACUAACCCACAUAGCCGUCCAGAGUCUUAAUAAACGUGGGCAGGAGCAUUGAGGUUUUGAUCCAGCUUCUGUAAUAUCAUCCUCCCUUUAGUUUUCCGUCAACAUUUCUGUGCGUCACCAUGCAUAUUCCCGUGCAGACUCCAUGACAGAUGAAACAGCAGGAAGUGCAUCACUCUGUUAGUCACUGCCCAGAUUAAAAGGGGCAGCGAUUCUGUGACCCAACUGUCACUGAUGCGACCGUGCAGUUUCCUUUCAAAAAGAGCUCACAAAGUACUUUCUUCCUUUCCAUUGCACAACACUUUAAUAUUUAAGGGCACCUCAGUGAUAUUCAGUUAAGCCCAGGCAGCCUGAGUCAGUCUUCCCAAGAUAUAGACAGAUAUCCCACUGUCAGAACAAGCAGUGGCAAUAUAUGUUCACGAAAGCAGGCCCUGCAGCACAGCACUAGUAUUUGUGCUGAAGACGGUGAUAGUCAUAGGAAGGUGAUUAAGGUGAUUAUCAAGUGAUUAAAAGAGCGGUGUGUAAACAAAGUGUGCUUCCGUGUGACGUCCAAUCAAAAUACAUUACUAGGACAUGUUGUUAGGAUGAGAUGGAACUAAAACAUUCAGUAAUGGUGGACUCGUAUUUAGAGUGAUAUGAACAUAAAUAUAGGUAGUAAUAAAGUGUUUUUCUUUUAUUGCAUCGCUCUUGGAAGCGUAGGUUUGGUGAGGUACUUCUGUUCAGAGCAGCUAGAUUCAUAAGGAGUUGAGUCAACACAUGUUUAUUGGUUGCACAGUGUGGGGCCAUGGUGACUGCUGAAAGCACUGUGUAAUGUAUUUAUUUAUUCUGCCUCGGAACCUAAUGGCACAAAGAAACCCUGUUUAUAUACCGAUAGCUCAUCCAGAGCUAUCCUUUGCUAUUGGCCACAGAAAAAGCUGUCAUCCCUCUUUCUUUUAUUUUUAAGACAUUGCUAGCCUCCUUUUAAGAACAGUACAGCUCAGUGGUACUGGUUUCAUAGCCCCGCCCUUCUGAUAAAACCCCUUGGCACAGUCGCCCUAUUGGCCUGUUGUAAUGGACCUAUUGUAAGUGAUUGGUCAAUCUGGUGCGAUUAUGAUGGGUUUAGUUCAGAGAAGAUUAUUCCCACAUUGUAACGUUUUUUAGACUUUGCUGUGUGAAUCCAUGAUGGUCAUUAUCUCACUGGAUAGUUCUCUCUGGUGUACAAUGCAAGUGUUUAAAGCACCACCCUAAGUACUGUAAAUGGGUUACUUUAUACAUAGAUUGCAUCAAGGACAUUUUUGCAUUGGUGAGAUUUUGCCAUUGGUGAGAUUUUGCCAUUGGUGAGAUUUUGCCAUUGGUGAGAUUUUGCCAUUGGUGAGAUUUUGCCAUUGGUGAGAUUUUGCCAUUGGUGAGAUUUUGCCAUUGGUGAGAUUUUGCCAUUGGUGAGAUUUUGCCAUUGGUGAGAUUUUGCCAUUGGUGAGAUUUUGCAGCUCGUUGAAGACGAGUAUAAGCUAAAAUAGAAUAAAAACCACACAUGGCUUUUUGUUGAAUGAUAGUGUAUUUUUUUCUCCCCAAAGACCACUGAAAUAACAGACAUUUUAAAGACAGUAAAUGUACACUUCUUCAAAGCACUUAUCGGUGUUUCUAUGUUUACAUUUUUCAUGAGGAAGAAAAUGUCUCAAACGUCUGCUCCGUUAAUAAAAAAAAAAACAUUUGGCUACCAUCGUUGCAUAUUAUUUAACAGUGCAGGGCAUAUACUUUGUUCUCUCCUUUUUCAAUGUCCAGGCUCAUGAGACAGAUGGAGGAAUGAUGUCUAAAGUGCAUAAUAAUGAUAUAAUAGCAUUGAGACCAGAAUACAUCUGUUUGUUACAGUAAGGGUCUUUGUUUGGAAUCUCAGAUAACUUGCUAGUAUCACAGAACUCUGUCCUCUGCUGUUUUGUACAUCUAAAACUCUGGUCUUUGUUUCAAUGGCUUGUAUCUGCAGAUACUGUUGAUGUUUUACUGUCAAUGUCAUGAUAAGUAAUACAUAACAAUCCCCCCUCUUUUAUUUAUGAAUCAAAACAAAACCAAUGUAUCUGAGAUGUUGAUUCAAUGCACUGUGGACGAACAAUUUCCAUUCGGUGUUCCAAUUUUUUAAGGACGGACGGAAACCGUUAUGUCUCAGUGUUAGAAUGACAUGACAGUGUGCAUAAACACAAGCUGUGCCUGCUCAUACUCGUUGGUCUGUGUUUGUGCACCAUCCAAAUAUGUCUCGAGCAGCAGUCUGCCUGCCUGUCUUUGUGGCAGUCAGUUCAGAGUGUAUAGAAAAUGGCUCCUGUGGAUAUCUCUUUUGUGUAAAGCGUUAGAGCUCCCUCUGCUGACACAGUGGCUAAUAGCAGUCUAGUUGUGACAAAUGUCCUUAUGUUCCUUGAGUUGUCUUAUCCCCCCACUUCCCCCUUCCACCCCUAUCUCCCCACCUCUCUGGCUGUUGCUGAAGACAGGCUGGGGAUGGCCCUGUCUCCCCCGGCCUGUUGUAGCCCUCGUAGACCAGUGCCGGCCCUGACCACUGUGACUGAUGUGGGAGGUCCUGUAUUUCUGUAUAAAUGUACAUUGACUGUAAUCCUGUGAAUGAUGUAACAAUUUCAUUAUUUGUAAUAUUGUUAUUGGUUUUAUUUUCUAAAAUGGAAAGCCCAACUCGACUCUCCUCAAUAAAAAACGAGAUCUGUCAUACCACUCUA